CUAAUCUCCAAGUACAACCAUUAUCCCUGACAAUCUCACGCUCAGAGUCAGAGGAAGCAGAAGUUAAAACAUUCAAUGGAUAGAGAAUGGGGUUCUAAGCCAGGCAGCGGAGGCGCCGCCUCCGCCCAGAACGAGGCAAUCGACCGCCGUGAGCGUCUCAGACGUCUCGCCCUGGAGACAAUCGAUCUAGCAAAAGAUCCCUAUUUCAUGCGCAACCACCUCGGCAGUUAUGAGUGUAAGCUGUGUCUGACUUUACACAACAAUGAAGGAAACUACUUGGCUCACACACAAGGGAAGCGCCAUCAGACCAAUUUGGCUAAGAGAGCUGCUCGUGAGGCCAAAGAUGCGCCUGCCCUUCCUCAGCCUAACAAGCGCAAAGUUAACAUUCGCAAGACAGGCAAGUCUCCAGUCUCCUUCCCUCCCGUUUUAUUUGUUAUUUUUUUGUUUAAUUUAGUAUGUAGUGGAUAGAAACUAUAUUGAUCGGUUUGGUGUUUAAGGUAGAUUAACACGCAUACAAAACACUAACCUUGUUUUCAUUAGAUCAAUGAGUGGCUUUGAGAAGUAUGAAAGAUCAUGUUGCUUAAUAAAAGAAAAGUGGAGUACUUGUUUGGGUGGUAGUUAUUGAAAAAGCCACUACUAAUGGCAUGGUGAAUUCAUAUCUGAUUGGAGUUUAUUUGCCUAAGAAUCUCCUCAACCUGAUAUUUUGGCUUCAAAGUAAGUACUACAUGGACUAUUUUGAUUCUUAUAAGAUUAAGAUCCAGGUAGUGCCGUUGCUCAUGUAUUUAGUAAUGUCCCUUGAAAAAGCUUUGGAAAAUAAACAGCGGUAGCUUAUUGAGGUCAAGGGCUACAAAAGGUCUUGAAUGAAAAAAACAGGAAAAAAGGGAGGAAAAAUAAAGGAAAUGGGUCAAGUUCUUGAGAUUGGUUGUUUGUAGUUUCUGGUGGUGACAAGUUAAACUUAAAGGCCUCAACUUAGAACCAAACUUGCUUUCUUAGGAUUUCAUGCUGCUGCACAUAUUGCAUGGCUUGGCCAGAAAUAUUGAAUUUGGAGCUUGGGUUUAGUGUUAUCAGACCUGUGCAAACAAUAACGCUGUUUGGUGGAAAGCAAAACAUUCUGUAGUGCUUUGUGUGUUUGUUCUAGCUUUAUUAUGUCAAGGGUAUUGUGGUAAUUGUUGUUUAUGAGUAGUCUGGAGUAUGAUGAUUCCGUCCAACUUGGAAAUAUGUUCUUAUAAAAGUUCCAAUUUGGAAACAAAAGGACAGUCUUUCUUCAGACAAAUUCUGUGGAUAUGAACU